AUGAGGACUCACGACACUACCGCAUUCAGGAGAUAUGUCCGUGUAUCUCCUGAGCAGUUCGACUACUUGUUGAGCCUCAUCAAACACAGGCUGCAGAAGCAUCCCCAUGGCCGUCCAGCUCUGGAACCAGCACAUCGAUUGGCCAUCACUCUGAGGUAUCUUGCGUCUGGAGGCUAUCUCAGCAGUGUGGCAUAUAGCUUCCGCAUAGGGUUCACGACAAUCAAGAGGAUUGUUUAUGAAACAUGCACGGCAUUGUGGGAGGAACUGAUGCCCAUCUACCUGCCUAACCCUACACCAGAGGUGUGGGCACAGUCCGCUCUGCACUUUGAGGAAAGGUGGGCAUUCCCAAACUGUGUUGGUGCUGUGGAUGGGAAACACAUAGUGAUCGAAGCCCCAAAGCAUGGAGGGUCCAUGUUUUAUAACUACAAGGGCUCACACUCCAUCGUACUGAUGGCCGUAGAUGAUGCCAGCUACAAGUUCCUGGACCUUGAAGCUGGUGGCCUGGGACUCCCACCGCCAAGGAGGCUUCCUGGAUCAUCCCUGGAAGCCCCCUAUGUGUUUGUGGGGGACGAGGCCUUCCAGCUACGUCCAGACUUCAUGAGACCAUUCCCUGGCACAGACUUGGACGACACCAAGAGAGUGUACAACACCAGGCUCUCACAUGCCAGGUAUGACAGUUCAUGUAUUUCUGUGACUAUAUGA